CACGUGGGUGUGUGUGUUUGAAUCGAAGCGUCUGACGUCAUUGGUCACGUGAUUGUGGAAGAACGAAUCACGCUCCGAUACAAAGCUCCUCUGAAAAUCGUUUUCAUUUUUUUUACACGCGCCUCGGAACUUUGGCGUCACUGGUAAAACACCACUUUACAAACGCUUGCCUGAGUCGGGGGGUAGCACGCACUCCCACUCUUUGUAUUCGUUUCAAAGUUAUCGCUCUUAUUUACGUAGGAUGGCCACUACACGCUUUGCUCUUAGUCGUUUGCCAAUUAGCAAUAAGUUAGCAGGGUUAAGUUGGUUUCACCAAGGUUAGCGUUAGCGUUAGCCGACGAGUGUUGGAAGAGCAGGUAAGUAUUAGGUAUAUUUGAGCUGAACCGACUCGUGCAAAAUUGGCCUCACUCUCCCGGCGCUGCAGCGACAGUCCCCGCUGUGCUCGGCUCUGCUACGAAUCCCGUAUUUUAAAUGUGGCGGUUUGCAUCGCUUGUGAAGUGACGACGUGGGAGGCGCAGCACGUAGCCAGCCGAGGGGAUGGGACAGCCGCCUGCAGUGAUCCUCCAGCACCAGAUGAGUGGCAGGUAGUGACGGUGCGAAGGGCGAUGUUGUGCAGCUGUGUACAAUGAAGAAGAUAUUCAGCUUCACCAAGAAAAAGAAACACCAGUCGGGGACCCCCGACAGUGGCAGUGUGCUCUCUCUGGGCUAUGAACUGAAAGACAAGGACCUGGGGAAGGUUCACAAGGCCGCCUCAGUGGGUGAUUUGGCAAAGUUGAAGCAGCUUGCUAAGAAGAAAGAUGUCAAUCAACUUGACAAGGAGAACAGAACUGCACUGCAUAUCGCCUGUGCCAGUGGACAUGUCGAGGUGGUGCAAUUCCUGGUUGAGAGCAAAGCCAAGCUCAACCUAUGUGACAAUCAAAACAGAUCUGCCUUAAUGAAGACGGUGCAAGGCCAGCAUGAGCGAUGUCUGAGCAUCCUGCUGGAGAAUCAUGCUGAGCCUAACCUGGUGGACAUCAAUGGCAAUACAGCCCUACAUUUAGCAGCAAACAUCCCAUCCAUCUCCAUUGCCAUCCUGCUGCUGCAGCAUGAGGCUAACAUCAAUGCCCAAAACAAGGAGGGAUUUGCCCCCUUGACUGUGGCAGUUCGCGAGGACCAUAUUGAGAUGGCUGAGUUCCUCCUCAAGGAGUCUGCUGAUGUGGAUUGUAUGGACAAAGAGCAAAGGUCCCCAUUAAUGAUCGCUGCUGGUAAUGGACAAAUCGGUAUGUUGCGGCUACUCCUGCGGUUUAACGCAGAUAUCUCACUAAAGGAUACCAAAGGACAGUCAGCUGAUCACUACGCAGUAAAGAAUGGGCAUCAUGGUUGCUCCCUCCUUAUCAUUGAACACGGCACCCAGAGGAACGAUGGGCCCUCCCUGUCACACCAAGGUCUGGGCAAAAAGAAAAAAAAACUUCUGUCAGGCAGUCCUUUCCAAGACGUCGAAGCAGGCUUCUCUUUGGGAGGACCAGCAACUGAUAAAGAUGAGCAUGGAGCAAAUGAAGCGGGGGGAGAUUUUGAAGACUAUUCUCAGUCAGAGUCACUAAGUCGGGUUUCAAAAAGUGCCACUGAUGAAUGGCCUUCAUCUGCAGAUGAUGAUGAUGAUGAUAAUAAUAUACUUUUAAACAAAAAGAAACCACAGAAAGUAAACCUCAGCAAAAUGAUUGCAUCAAAAAAGGGAGAAGCUACCGCACUGCUUGACAGAUCCUUGAGUGGUACAGAAUCUGAGCCAGAGAGCAAGAGUAGAGUCCAGAGAAUCCCAUCCCUCCCAAAGACUUUACCAUCCCGCAACGCUCCGCAGCAACCAGUAGAUCCCGCUCCCAUUUCCUUCCUUUCGAAAGCACCCCAGAUGACUUCCACUCCUCUUUCUAGCUACAGAAAGAAAGAAGAGUCCAUCGAGAAUGAGGAAGAUGAUGACGAUGACGAUGACAAAGAGCAGACCAGUGAUGAUGAGGAGGAGGAAGAGGAGGAGGGACAUAUGUCAGAUGAAAAUGAUCAGCCUGCAGAGAGUGGAGAGUCCCUUGGCGCCACUUCAACUGUUCCUGAGACAGAAAAAGAUAAGAAAAGAGAUUUCCUUUCUGAGCUGGGUCUAGAGAAAGGACAGGACGAGGAAGAUUCCUGGGACACUGAGUCCCAUUCUGAAAAAGCCAGUGUGCCACAUGAAGAGAAACAAAGCGUGCAUACUCAAGAAGCGACGUCCACUGCUGAAGGAGUGUCUAAAGAAAAUUUGUUUUAUAUUCCCUCUUUUUUAAGAGGAGAAGGAGGCAAUAAGAUGGUCGUUCUGUUGCCUCGGAGGAGUGUAGACAGGCAAAGAGGCAGCCAGGGACAGGUUGGAAAUGAUAAUCAUGGAAAAGAACAUUUAGCUAAAGAUGAUACCACACAGAAAGAGACUGAGAAGGCAAAAUGGGAACCACUUAGUGUUUUGAGCAAACUUGGGGGAGAUAAAGACCAAAAGACAGACUUAAUGGAAGAGCUUGGCCUGGGUGACAUUGAUGAUCUUGAAGACGCAUCUGACUGGGACUCUGCCAGUACGACCAGUAAGAGAACACUGCCUGGCCUCAAAAUGGCCUCCCCUGGACUUGAUGAGUUCCCAGAAUGCACCACUCCAUCUAUUAAAGAGCAGGAUGAAGAUGUUACUCCAGCAGCGCCCCCGACACCUCAGAGGAGCAUCUGUUCCGAUGGGAGACUGCCGAGCUCACCCCCUCGACUCUUACCCCAUCCUCAACCUCGAGCAAGAAAGAUGGUGCCUCAAAAACCACAGAGUGAAGAAGAUUCAGAUUGGGAACCAGACAAUGUAACAUCUUCCAAUACAGUCAAAAUUGACAAUCGGCUGCAAAACAUAGCUGAGCCUCAGGCAGUGGUUAAAGCAGGUUCUCCUGAGCUCACAUCAAUGGAAAGAGACGGGAAACUUCACAAAGAGCCCGACGAGCCUCAACAUAAGGAGAACGAUGAUGCAGGAUAUACAUGUGAGUUAGAUCUAAAUAGUCGUUGGCAAUCUGGCCGUGUGGGCUCUGACAGAGGAGAAAACUGUACUGACCUCAGAGAUCGACGCAGCCCUGAAGAACGAGGGGAAGAGGGUAACGGCGUCCCAUGGGAGAAACGUUACGAGAAGCUCUGGGUAGAGGUGGAGAAGCGGGAAGUAAAAUCCACCUUCAAGAAUGUCGCUGGUGAAUUAAAAGAGAAGUUUGGCGAACUGCUUGAAUCAAGAUGUCCGGCCGAAGAUGUUGCAGGAGAAGAGCAGGCCACAGCCGAUUCGACAUCGGAAGAAGAAGCGUCAAGUGAUGAAGACGAAGGAGAAAUAAUUGUGCGCCCCGCAGCUAGAGCGAGGAGCACUGUCCUCCUCACCAUACCCGAGCAGAGGGAGUCUGGACUAGAAGACUCAAUGACAGAGUCGACUGACAACUCGCUGUGUGAAGAUGCUUUGCAGGUCUGUCGGUCCCCUGCCAGUGACAGCAGUGUGUGUCAGGGGCCAGGUCUACUCACUGAUGACGCUCUGGAGAAGUGCAGGUUUUCUGCACCACCAGCCACCACAGCACAGAGAGAGGGCAACAUGGAUCAUACUGGCACAGCUUACACCGAUGGUCAUAUCAUACCCACUUCUGAUAUUGACUCUAGCUCAUUCUUAAAAGAUGAGACCAAUCGUGGGCAGUUCCACAAGCAAAAGAUGGACUUAAUCUUGAAGGACCAAAGUUCCGAUCCACACAAAGCUGACAUGAUCAACGCAAGCUCAGAAGAUGAUCUUGAGGAGGCCACCAAGUCUUGUCCCCCCUUGCCAAGCAGACAUUCAGCAUCUACUCAUGGUGUUUCCGAUGAGGAAGAGGGCAUGGAAAGGUUUAAACUUGAGGUAGGAAUGCUGAAGGUUGUCUUCAUGGAUUUGGAGAAAGAAAAGGCCGAACUCCAGAAAGAGGUUGGGAAAGAGAUGACAAAGACGACAGUGGAGGUGCAAAAAUCCAGUGCUUCCUGGGAUACUGGUGGAAUGAUAUUGGACGAAGUGGGUACUGAGAAACCCGAGACUUGGUUAGGAUGCCUGUCAGGUCAACCUGGAGCAAUUCGGCAGGAACAGCAGCCUGCAGCCACCAAAAGCGUCGACGGGGCACCGGAGCAAACGCAUCUCCCUCUACGGCAGACGCACACUAGCAACACACAGGAGGGACAGGCUGUAGAGGAGACCUUAAAGCUGGAGCUGGUCAGGGGGGCCCGGCGCAGCAGAGCCCCUCAGACCAACACCCACGUUAAUGGAGAUCCACUCUCUGUGUUUGACGAUAGCACUUUAAGUGAUGUGUCAGACGAUGAAGGAAGGUCGCCAUCUAGUGGACAACAACAAAAUGAGAACACCGACGAAAUGGAGUUGGCAGAAGAGUUUGAUGAACUCACUCAGUCCUCGGACACAGCCACAGACGACCUUGACUCUCCCACGUCAGGCUAUCGCCAUGCAUCCCUCCUCAUUCAGAAGCUGGACUCUGCAACUUUAGACUCCAGAAGUAUGGUGAAGCUGCAGAACAUUUUCCACGAAUAUGAGCGCUCCAUCCAAAAGGCAAGGAGUCGCCAUGGGUACCUGACAGACAAGGUGAACCAGCUGGAAAUGGAGAGAUCAGAGUUGAAGAGCUCUCUGGAGGAAGUUAAAGAUUUUAAGUCUGCCUUGGAGCGCAACCAGCUGGAAUUGCAAACUGAAGUCACGAACCUCAAGUUUCAGCUGAAGCAGGAGCAGGAAAACCGCCGCAAUGCCACCAUGAUGUACAACACCACCAGAGAUAAGCUGAGGAGGACAGAGGAGCAGCAUCAGUUGGAGGUUCAGGAGAGACAGAAGGUGGAGCUUGCUCUCAGGAACCUGGAGCUAGAGAUGAGAACACUGGUCAACAACAUUAAACAGCUUGAAGAGGAACACAGAGAGACCCAGAGAGUGCUGGCCCAGGAGCGCAGUGCGCGGACGCUGCAGGAGAAUCUGCUCAAUAGUCAUCUCCGUAAGCAGCAGGAGAUAGAUGAGGAGAACAAGAGAAAUAUAAGCAGAAGCAAUGAGGCUUUGUCUCAGCUCACUGAGGUCAGUGACAGGGAGAGGGAGUUGCUCCAGCAGACUGCUACCUUACACGAGCAACUGACGAUCCUCAGAACAGACCUCGAGCGUUCGCAGGCCAACAGCAAUCUCAAAGCGAGCCACAUUAUGGAGGAGAACGAGGCGCUCAAGGAGCAGCUGGAGGACGCCCGGAGAGAUCUCAAGCUCAACAGCGAAGCCCUGACCCAGACCGUCUUCAACUACAAUAACCAGGUGACCAACCUGAAGUCCGAGUUGGCCAUGAUCACAAACCGCCUGGAAAAUGACCGGCAGACUCGUGAAGCGCUCGAGUUAGAAGUGGAGUCUACUCGCAGCCGCCUCGCUGGCACAGUGAAGGAAGCCGAGCGUUGCCUGGCAGCUCACGCGGACACAGAGAAAUGUCUGCUCCGGGAGAAGGAGGAACAUCAGCGUCUUAAAGACAGACUUACAGGUGAUGCAGCCAGUCAGCGUGAGACGGUCAGCAGCCUGUCCCAGAAGCUCGCCAAGGCAGAGGCUUGUUCAAACAGCAUGGAGAAUGAAGUUCAUCGGGUCACACUGCAGCUGACGGAGAAGGGCCUCCUGCUGGAGGUCCUGCAGCGGGAGAAGGACCAGGCGGCUUCACGUGUCAAGGAGCUAGAAAUGGCCCUGCAGGCCGAGAGGGAGCUGGUAAGCCGUUCCACAGCUCGCCAAGGGGCCACGCAAGAGCUGCUAGCCCAAGCCCAAAGUCAGUGUAUGUUAUUGCGGCAACAGCUGGAGGAGGCCCAGAACAAAGGCGUUGCAAAGGAGCGCGCUGUGACCGAUGCCCAAGAUCGCUUCAGUGACAUUCUGUCCAAGCUGCGCUCUGACUGUGAAGAGAGGGUACAACUAGUGGAGGAGAGAAACAAGGAGCUGGCCAGUAAGGCUGCCGAUCUCCGAGAUCAGAUCUACAAGUUGGAGGAAGAGAAGAAUGAAAGAGAGACUAGUCUUAGGCAGCUGCAGCAGGAGCUUGCUGACUCGCUCAAGAAGUUGUCGAUGAGUGAAGCCUCUCUGGAGGUCAACACACGCUAUCGCAACGACCUGGAGGAGGAGAAGGCUCGGCUCCUCAAAGACAUGGACAGGCUGAAAGGAAAGCUGGAGGAGAGCGAAGAACACUUUGUGCAGGCCGAGAGACGUAUUAACAGCCUGAAGAGCAGCGUUGACGAAAGGGAAAGGGAAGUCACCACGGCUGCUCAGAAACUCCAGGAGGCGCUGUCGUCCUCAACAGCUUCUGACACCACCGUCAAACAGCUGGAGGAAGCUGUGCAGAGACUGGAGAUAGAGAAUGCCAGGCUGGAAGCGGCUACAAAGCAACAGUCCAACAAAAUUGAUGCACUUCAGAAAGGGGCUCAAGAAGGUGCCAUGCUAUCUGACUGCUCACCUGGAGGAGGGGUCAGAGGUCAUUUGGAGGGCUUGGUAACAAACCUCCAAAGCAGUAAGAUGACUUUGGAAGACCAACUCAGUAGAGAGGUCCAGAAACAAAGCGUGCUGUCUCACACAGCCCAGGACUCUCAGGCCUUGUGGGAGGAGGAGCUGAAGAGUCGCUCUAAGUUAGGACUGCGCCUGGCAGAGCUUGAAAAGGAAAAAGGAGAACUGAACACUCAGAUGGAAAUAGAAAAGAAGAAAGCAAAGAAAGUAGCAGAGCAGAAAAAGGCCGUGGACACUCGUCUGGAUCAAGAGAUGAAGAGAAACACAGAUCUUCAAAAAGAAAUGUACAGGCUGCGUACUCUAUUGAAGACUGCGAAAAAGAAACUGCGUGAUCAGGACACUGCUGGAGCAGAGUUUGGCUCUCCUAUGAGCAGUUUACGCAUGGACCUGGGCCGACACAGCCAGGCUGAGGGAGGCUAUGGACGAAUGAAAGAAAAGGUGGACAAUCUGCAGGUGCAGCUGGAGAAGGAAGCAUCUCGUCGCAGCCAACUGGAGGAGGUGAACGGGGAGCUUAAGGAUCAGCUGGCCUCCCUGAAGCGCUUCGCCCCCAGCACCGACCAGCUGGAGAGGAGCAAGAGGCAGCUCGAGGAGGAGGUCUUGGACCUGAGACGCCAAAUGGAGACGGCUCAGAUGGAGCCUAGCCAUGUGGAACAGUGUCGCCGUGAGGCAGAGGAGAGGGCACGUCAAGAGAUUCAACAGAAACUGGAGCAGGUUAACCUCUUCCUGCAGUCCCAGGCAGCAUCCCAAGAAGCGCUGGACCAGAUCAGAAUGGCCAACGAGGCUAAACUGCGCUCCCAGCUGGAACAGAAGAUCCGCGAGCUGGAGGGGGAAGUGGGCCGCGCCCGCACCACCCAGCACGACAGCCUCACCCAACGAGACUCCACGCGCACCGAGCUAGAGCGAUACCGCCAGCUCUACACUGAGGAGCUGCAUCUCCGCAAGUCCAUGACUGCAAAACUAGAGAGGGCCAACCGUCGACUCGCAGAGGCCAAUUCCAAGUUGCUGAACGAGCGCAGCAGGUCCUUUAUCACCAGCAGCAUUGCAAACGGUAGCCUUGGAAGUCCUGCACUGGAUGUGGGCACUUCACCAGCAAACUACGGGGCCACACUGGGGCCCCUCAACAGAGGCCUGGGCCUCGGCCUCUCCAUCCUCAGGCCUGUGACUGAUACACAGAACAGCCGGGUGGAAGACUAUCUGGCCAAGGUGCAGAGUGAGUUGGACAGAAAUAUAUCAAAGGAAUUGAACAACGCGACAGCAGAGCUGGACGUGGCCUCUGCACGUUUGUCCCCGGUGGGCUCCGUCUCGAGGUCGGAGCUGGACCCCGUCAGCAGGGCGACGCAGCAAUAUUUGGAGGUACUGAAGAAGAACAACAUGAUCUGACCGCACAUGUCACAGCCACUCGCACACGCUCAAACUCUAUUUUUGUAUUUUAGUCUUCAAGUCACAAUCUUCAAGGCCGAAGCCACAGCCUCGUCAUAUCACUACAAGGAUCACACUUUGUAUCUUCUUCUAUGAAAGAAAGAAAACAUAAUGCACAUUGCACUUAACCACUCAGGAACAAAGGGCAUGAGUCAUAUACAUAUAUAUAUAUAUAUAUAUAUAUAUAUAUAUAUAUAUGAAAUAUGUGUUUCAUUACUGAUGGGUACAAUUAGAGAGAACCUUGAAAGUGUUGGUUCCGUCGGACUAUUUCUGUUUCAUCUGUAACUCUUUUGUUUCUAUUAGCUGAAAGAAGUGUAUAUACAGAAUCGUGGUUUGGAUUUUUGUAUGUGAAUAUUGGUGUUGAUGAAUUAGAAAUUUAUAAGUAUUUGACGUAUGCAUCAUUAAUCAUUUUUGCCAAGAUAUUACAUUUGGUACGUGCCAUCAAAUGGUGCAAUAUCGGUCUUGGUGUUACUUUAGACUCAUUGGCGUAUGUACGGUGUUUAUGAUUAUUUUAUUUAUUCUUUAAUUUUUAUGACCAUGAUAUACUUGAAUUAGACGAGCUGGAAUACUCUCUGGCUAUUGAAACAGGGUCACUGCGUUUGUACAACAUGUCAUUCCAGCUUUUGCUUGGCCCGCUAUCAGGGCCACCAAAAGUCAAAUACACUCCUUUUUCAUCCAUAAAUAUUGUAACAAAAUAUAUAUUGGAAAAAACAUUUCUGACGCCUGUACAUUACAGAAGACUCUAAAGUUAUGAAUAAAACUGUUGAAAACCCUGAA